GUUUUUCCUCUUCGACUCUUUCAUUCCCGUCACUUGUUCAUGCCAUCUUCCUCCCUGCGCUCCACUUCCUGGCCAUGCCAGCCCGUGUGGGCCGCCGAGAAUGCUGCUGGGAAAACCGCCUUGCCAUUCGAUCCCCGCCGAAGCUUGGAUCUUCCUAUAUUACGCUUUCGUUCCUUUCCUACCAUAUCUGCGUGCCUCUUCUUCUUCCAUCCUUCUACCCUUUCGCCCCCCUCUUCCCUGCCCAUAGUGCAUCGAAUUCCCCGGUUCACCUGGGGGCCAUCUCAUCAGCUUACCUCUCCCAUCCAACGCCCGGCUUCCUUUAAUUCCCUGCCCUGCUCGUGAUUUGCAAUUGAUUUGUUUGAUCGACCUGCCCUGUCUGACAUCCUCUGCCCUCUCCCUCCUCUUCCCCCUAUUCCUUCUUGGCCCUUAAGCACCGGGUGCUUAUUUGAGUGGUCUGUCAUGUAUCAAUCCGCCGAUUCUCUUCCGCUCCCCUACAUCAAGCAGCAGCCUCUCCCCCGACGAUACGAGUCUGACGAGGAGGACAUUUCCGAACCAGAGUUGGGUGGUCAGGAAAACGCCUUCUCGCCCGUGGAAUCCUACAAGGCUUGCGAUUCCGACGCCAGUGCCGACGAGCUCUCGAAUGCUGACCCCUCCGAACUGAACAUGGACAAGGCCGGCUAUCCUUGUCUCUUGUCCCCGUUGUCCACCACCACCACCACCAAGGCCUCUCGCCCCGUGUCGAUGGAUACCGUCAAGCGCAGCAGCAACACGACCUUCGUGGCCGACUCCUACAUCUUCGACCACGAUGACGACGUGAUCAUCGAGCUGCCGUCGCCCGAUUCCACCUCGCCCUUACACUCUCCCGUCUUCCUGCAACCUAAUGUCUACGUCCCGCCCGAGUCUCCCGCCUUGUCGAGGCGUUCUUCCUCGUCAUCCGUGUAUUCCGAUGACGAUGAUAAUACCGACGUGCUCGUAGCUGAGCAGGUCACCUACGUGGAACCCAUCGCCAAACCUAAUAUAAUCCUAAUUAGCCCGACCGGACCGUCUCCCACCUCGGAGAAUUCGGUGCCCCCUGCGUUGAAGUCAGCUCCCCUUCGACCCAGUGACAGCAGCAGCAAACCCUUCGGGGAUGGGGAGGGUGUCUACUCGCUCCAAUCCGCCGCCUCGUCGCAACCGUUCCUGGGCAGUUUCAACCGCGAGGCACGGUCGAGGAAGAGCGGACUGCGUCUGAACACCACCGAUCUCGAGGGGUCGUACGAUAUCCCGACGCCGCAGCUGACGCAAUCCCCCGAGCCGUCCAGCACGCUCUCGAUGCGGGCCCGCUCGAUGACAUUCUCGCGGCCGAAAACCGCCAUCUCCGAGAAGGUGUCCUCGUUCACCCCCACGACGCGGUCUCGUGCGCCCACCGAGUCUCUGCGACGACCCCCGUCGAUCCAGAGCAUUCGCAGCGCCAACUUUCCUUUCUUCCACGGACGACACCACUCCACUUUCCCCGCUCCCGACAACUCGCACGCUCGACCUUUCUCCUGCUCUCAAUCCGCCGCUAGCUCCGAGUAUUCGAUGUCGCCGCAGAACAGCCGGCCUCCUUCCCGGACCCCUAGUCCGGGGUCCCAGUACUACUCCGGCCCGAACUUUACCCGUCAUCGCUCCAGCUCGUCCUACAGCGUGUCCAGCGUGCCGGCCAGCCACAGCAGCCGCAACCCCUUGCCGAUCCGGAAUUCCAUCAUGAAGAGCUCGACCGCGUCGAGCGUGUACUCGUCGAGCAGCCUGCGGUCCGAAGUGGACAGCCUUCGCAGCCUGGAUCCGAACGACGUGGCCGAAACCGACGGCAAGCGCAAGCUGCAACGCAAGAAGAGCCUGCGACUGUUCAAGGAACCGAAGGUGGACAGCCCGGAGCAAACGACGAAAAGCUUCAUGGGAUUCCUGCGCGCGAAGAGAAAGUCGACUCUUAAAUCGCCUAAUGCCUAAUCUUAUUAUCUGACGCUGCUACGAAUUUUUUUCGCUUGCAGACUGUCAUCGACAUGACAGACAUGCACCUGUCCAAGCUUUAAGCUUGCACUGUUUUAUUAUCAAUUCCUCCCUCUUUAUUAUUUUUUCCUUUUCUUUUUUAUUUGGUCGUCUUGAGCAAUUGGUUUACGGAGUCCAGCGAUCUUACGGCGUUCAAUCGGAUGGGAUUCCGGUCAUUCCUUUUUUCAUUUUUUUUUCUUUCCUACAGACGGUAUUAUUGUUCCGCUCUGUCGCUCUCCUUUACUCAAUUGCAUUGAGUCUAAUCCCAUGGUGGAUCCGCCGGGACUUUCUUUUCGUGUAUUAUAUAGACUU